UUAUGGUCGAUGCAUAAUCGUAUUAAAUUUAAGAUCUUAAGUUUUUACUUAAAGUUUGUGACUAGAAUAAUUUACAUUAUUUCUUUUUAAAUACGAUGAGCUAAAUGGUCUUAAAUUGAAGCAAUGAAAAUAGUUUUUAGUAAAUAUUAAAACAUAUGUAAGGAAAAGCUGAUUGCUUAAAAUUUGUUUAUGUUAAAUCUCUAAGCCAAAAUGCUGUGCCACUUAAAAAGAACCCGAGCAAUCACUUCGUUGAAAAGGUUUGUGUCACAACAAACCUCAAGCGACAGCUCUCUUCAGUAUUGUGCAAACGUCGUAAGACAGCAUGAUUAUGAAAAUUAUUUGGCAACUCUUCUUAUGACGAAAGCUAUUCGAUCGCCCGCUUUUGUUAUAAGAGCUUUUAAUGCUGAAGUGGCAAGAGUACAGGAUCAAACAAAAGAUCCUCAGACUGCAGCAAUGAGGCUUCAGUUCUGGCAAGAUUCACUAAACUCUCUCUAUAGUAAUAAUCCAAGUCCUACCAACAUAAACGCAAACCCAAUAACCCAAGAACUUCAUAAGGUUUGCUUAAGUUAUAAACUACCAAAACGAUAUUUGGAAAGAUUAAUUUCAUCACGGAAUGGACUGUUGAAGAUGAAACAUUUUAGCACCUUAGAGGAUGUUGAGAAAUAUGCAGAGAACACUGUUUCAACAAUUUACUACUUACUUCUCUGUGUGGCCGGUGUAACUGAUGUUCAUGCUGAUCAUGCAGCUUCACACUUAGGAAAAGCUCAAGGAAUAGCUAAUAUAUUAAGAUCUGUCCACGUGUUCAGUCAUCAUAAAUCAGUAUCUCUCCCUAUGGAUGUGCUGAUGAAGUACCAAGUAAGUCAAGAAUCUGUUUUAAGAGGAAAGGAUAGUGAGAAUAUAAGGAAUGCUGUUUUUGAAAUAGCAUCACGUGCAAACAGUCAUUUAGAGAAGGGUCGGAGUAUAAACGUACCAAAGAUAACCAAACAAAUGUUUCUGCCAGCGGUAGCCAUUGAAAGAUACCUGAACAAACUUCAAAAAGUAAACUUUGAUGUUUUCAACAAAUCAUUAAUGCUAAGCAGCCCUAUAUUACCAAUUAGCUUAUACUGGAAAAGAAUAUUAAAUAAAUAUUAGAAAAUUUUAUUUAAUUCCAAUUAGUGUUUUUGGUGUAUCUGUCACAGAUAAAUAAUGAUUUUUUUUUUAUUAGUCUUGCCAGUUAAAUAAAAGACCUUGGUAGAAAA